CAGAUGAAUUUUGUAGGAGUAUUUUGAGAUGAAUGUUUGCAAAUUGUUUUGAAAUUGCCAAGCACCACAUACAUGUGAUGUAUCCUGUUUUGAUCCUGGAGUUCAACCCUGUGGCUUGGAUUUAUUUUAGUAGUAUCCAUCUUUGAUCUAUGUACUAACUAGACAUCAAGAAAAGAUAUGAGGAGAUUUGUUUACUGCAAGGUGGUCUUAGCCACUUCGUUAAUGUGGGUUCUGGUUGAUGUCUUCUUACUCCUGUACUUCAGUGAAUGUAACAGAUGUGAUGACAAGAAGGAGAGAUCUCUGCUACCUGCACUCAGGGCUGUCAUUUCUCGAAACCAAGAAGGGCCAGGAGAAAUGGGAAAGGCUGUGCUGAUUCCUAAAGACGACCAAGAGAAAAUGAAAGAACUAUUUAAAAUCAAUCAGUUUAAUCUUAUGGCGAGCGAUUUGAUUGCCCUUAACAGAAGUCUGCCAGAUGUAAGAUUGGAAGGAUGCAAGACAAAGGUUUACCCUGAUGAACUUCCAAACACAAGUGUAGUCAUUGUGUUUCAUAAUGAAGCUUGGAGUACUCUUCUCAGAACUGUUUACAGUGUUAUAAAUCGUUCCCCACACUAUCUACUCUCUGAAGUCAUUUUGGUAGAUGAUGCCAGUGAAAGAGAUUUUCUCAAGUUGACAUUAGAGAAUUAUGUGAAAAAUCUAGAAGUACCAGUGAAAAUUAUUAGAAUGGAAGAGCGCUCUGGGUUAAUACGCGCCCGCCUUCGAGGAGCAGCUGCUUCAAAAGGGCAGGUCAUCACUUUUCUUGAUGCACACUGUGAAUGCACAUUAGGAUGGCUGGAGCCCUUGCUGCUGGCAAGAAUAAAAGAAGACAGGAAAACAGUUGUAUGUCCCAUCAUUGAUGUGAUUAGUGAUGAUACCUUUGAAUAUAUGGCUGGGUCAGACAUGACUUACGGGGGUUUUAACUGGAAACUGAAUUUUCGUUGGUACCCUGUUCCCCAAAGAGAAAUGGAUAGACGGAAAGGAGACAGAACAUUACCUGUCAGGACCCCUACUAUGGCUGGUGGCCUAUUUUCUAUUGACAGAAACUACUUUGAAGAGAUAGGAACAUACGAUGCAGGAAUGGAUAUCUGGGGUGGAGAGAAUCUUGAAAUGUCUUUUAGGAUUUGGCAAUGUGGAGGCUCCCUGGAGAUUGUGACCUGCUCACAUGUUGGUCAUGUUUUCCGGAAGGCAACUCCAUACACCUUCCCUGGGGGAACUGGUCAUGUCAUCAAUAAGAACAACAGGAGACUGGCAGAAGUUUGGAUGGAUGAGUUCAAAGAUUUCUUCUACAUCAUAUCUCCAGGUGUUGUCAAAGUGGAUUAUGGAGAUGUGUCAGUCAGAAAAACACUAAGAGAAAAUCUGAACUGUAAACCCUUUUCUUGGUACCUAGAAAACAUCUAUCCGGACUCCCAGAUCCCAAGGCGUUAUUACUCACUUGGUGAGAUAAGAAAUGUUGAAACCAAUCAGUGUUUAGACAACAUGGGCCGCAAAGAAAAUGAAAAAGUGGGUAUAUUCAACUGCCAUGGCAUGGGAGGAAAUCAGGUAUUUUCAUAUACUGCCGACAAAGAAAUCCGAACCGAUGACUUGUGCUUGGAUGUUUCCAGACUUAAUGGACCUGUAAUCAUGUUAAAAUGCCACCAUAUGAGAGGAAAUCAGUUAUGGGAAUAUGAUGCUGAGAGACUCACGUUGAAACAUGUGAACAGUAACCAGUGUCUGGAUGAACCUUCUGAAGAAGACAAAAUGGUGCCUACUAUGCAGGACUGUAGUGGAAACAGAUCACAACAAUGGCUGCUAAGGAACAUGACUUUGGGGGCAUGAAGACCAUUUCUCUCCAGUCAUGAAAAUUUCUACAUUUCUGAUUUUCCCAUGAUUUCACUUAGGGAAAAGCAUUGAAUUUGCUAAAUUUAAGAAAAACGUUUGAAAAUUCUUUUAAUAUUCUAAAACACAGCUGUUUAUAAUUCAUUUUUAGGAAUAUUUGCUUACUUCCCUACCAAAUUUUUAUCUCAUCAAAAAAGCACAUAAAAUAUAAAGUAACAUCAAACUGUUAUUAAAUAUCAGAACAACUUG